AUAACCAGCCAACAGACGGUGAGCGCGUCCGUGCGCUCCAGUCGCCGAUAGGCCGGCUCUGGUCACAUGCGCUCUUCCUUAUUCUACUGAGGACUUGCUAUAUAGCCCUCAGCCCCCAUACAGCGAGCGAUCAGACAGGAAAUCUCCGGACAACUUGGAUUGGCUUGUCUUCUUAUUUAUCUCAGCUGAGAAAAGAAACCGGAGGAACCCCGGUGUUUUGUGACGCAACCUGCUUGUUUUGAGUGACGCCCUGAACGUUUCAACUGGUGUCUGGAUGCUGACACGAUGCUGUCAGGAUUCUGGACAGAGAAGGGGCGAUCUGGUUUAGUUUCACCGUGAUUUUAUUUUUUUUUCUUCUUCUCCACUCAGAGCCCGGCUGCUAUGGACGCAACAGCCUCCGCGAAGUGAAUUAUUGUACAGCUCAAGUGCUUUAUUGCUUUUAAACUUUGCAGUUUAACAUUUCUCUGAAGAUGAAUGAAUGAAAAGGAUCACGAGAACAUGGUUUUCUAUGAGGCCACCUUAUUUUUCAUCUUCCAAAACGCAGCGCUUUCUGUACACUCUUAACGCUGAGCUGUGGUUUGGAUGAAGUGUGUGUGUUGUGAUGCGUCUCCCCUCCAUUUCCACUGACACCAGUUUGGAUUUACCCUUUUGGAUCUGUGCGUUUCCAGAAUGGCUCGCUUCCCCGAAGAUCUACCCACCCGCUAUGGAGGAAACGCAGGCGGCGGAGGGAGAGGCGGACCGGGCGCUGGCAGAGGGGGAGCCCGGGGUGGUGGCGCUCCGGGUGGCCCGAGGGUGUACAAGCAGUCGAUGGCCCAGAGAGCCCGGACAAUGGCCAUCUACAACCCGAACCCUGUCAAACAAAACUGCCUCACGGUCAACCGCUCCCUCUUCAUCUUCCGCGAGGACAACCUCAUCAGGAAGUAUGCAAAGCGAAUAACAGAGUGGCCUCCAUUUGAGUACAUGAUCCUCGCUACAAUUAUCGCCAACUGCAUCGUCUUGGCCCUGGAGCAGCAUCUGCCUGCCAGCGACAAGACACCCCUGUCCGAACGCCUGGACGACACAGAGCCCUACUUUAUUGGAAUAUUCUGUUUCGAGGCCGCCAUUAAGAUCAUCGCCCUGGGCUUUGCUUUUCACAAGGGCUCCUACCUCCGCAACGGCUGGAAUGUAAUGGACUUCGUGGUCGUCCUCACGGGAAUCCUGGCCACAGUGGGUUCGGACUUUGACCUGCGAACACUGCGAGCAGUGAGAGUGCUGAGACCCCUGAAACUUGUGUCAGGAAUCCCCAGUCUCCAGGUGGUAUUGAAGUCCAUAAUGAAAGCCAUGGUUCCUCUGCUCCAGAUCGGCCUGCUGCUUUUCUUCGCCAUUGUCAUGUUUGCCAUCAUCGGGGUGGAGUUUUACUGCGGCAAAUUCCACACCACCUGCUUCAAUAUAGAGACCGGUGAGAUGGCAGCAGACUGGCCUUGUGGUCUGGAGCCUCCGGCCAGGAUGUGUCCCAACGGGACCCAGUGCAAAGAGUACUGGCCUGGACCCAACUUUGGCAUCACCAACUUUGACAACAUCCUGUUUGCCGUGCUUACUGUGUUCCAGUGUAUCACCAUGGAGGGCUGGGUGGAAAUCCUCUACAGCACCAAUGAUGUAGCUGGAAACGCCUGGAACUGGCUCUACUUCAUCCCUCUCAUCAUCAUCGGCUCCUUCUUCAUGCUCAACCUGGUGCUCGGUGUCCUCUCUGGAGAAUUUGCCAAAGAAAGAGAGCGUGUGGAGAAGAGGCAGGAGUUCCUGAAGCUCCGGAGGCAGCAGCAGAUCGAGAGAGAGCUCACCGGGUACUUGGAGUGGAUCUGCAAAGCAGAGGAGGUGUUGCUGGAGGAGGAGGAGGAGAUUGCAGAGGAGAAGUCCCCGCUGGAUGGUGCGUGGUACAAGAGGAAACAAAACCUUCCAGUCCUGAAACGAGGCAAAGUCAAGAAAGGUAAAAACGACCUGAUCGGCGCUGAGGAGGGUGAGGAUCCUUUUGCAGACAUCUCCUCCGUUCCUCCCCCUGGCUCUCCGUUUGGUCGGGCCAGCAUGAAGAGCGGCGGUAAGAUGGACAGCUCCUCCUACUUCCGGCGUAAGGAGAAAAGGACCCGCUUCUUCAUCCGCCGCAUGGUGAAAGCUCAGAGCUUCUACUGGAUCGUUCUGUGUCUGGUGGGCCUCAACACUCUGUGUGUGGCCAUAGUCCACUAUGACCAGCCCGAUUGGCUCACAACGGCCCUCUACACAGCCGAGAUUGUCUUCCUGGGUUUGUUUCUGACUGAGAUGUCCUUGAAGAUGUACGGCCUCGGAGCGAGGAAUUAUUUCCACUCCUCCUUUAACUGCUUUGACUUUGGGGUGAUUGUGGGAAGUAUUUUUGAGGUGAUCUGGGACAUGAUUAAACCAGGGGCAUCGUUUGGAAUCAGUGUGCUGAGAGCUCUGCGACUGCUCAGGAUAUUCAAAGUCACCAAAUAUUGGAACUCGUUGAGGAACCUCGUGGUGUCCCUCCUCAAUUCCAUGAAGUCCAUCAUCAGCUUGCUCUUCCUCCUCUUCCUCUUCAUCGUGGUCUUUGCUCUGCUGGGCAUGCAGCUCUUCGGAGGACAGUUUAACUUUGAAAAGGAGACGCCAACAACAAACUUUGAUACCUUCCCAGCAGCCAUCCUCACUGUGUUCCAGAUUCUGACUGGCGAGGACUGGAACGCCGUGAUGUACCACGGGAUCGAGUCUCAAGGGGGCGUUCAUCGAGGCAUGUUCUCCUCCGUCUACUUCAUCGUACUCACGCUCUUUGGAAACUACACCCUCCUGAAUGUCUUCUUGGCUAUCGCUGUCGAUAACCUCGCUAAUGCACAGGAGCUGACUAAGGAUGAAGAGGAGCAGGAGAAGGCAGCCAAUAAGAAGCUUGCCCUGCAGAAAGCUUUGGAGGUGAAAGAAGUCAGCCCGAUAUCUGCAGCCAACAUCUCAAUCACUGCUUUUGUAAAGCAAAAUCGAGAUGCACUCUCUCGCAGGUCGUCCAUCAGCAGCAUUCAGUCACCGAGUUAUUCUGUCUACUCCUCCCCCAGCCGACGAUUCUUGAGUAAAGAGCAGCAGCGCUCAGCAAAGGCCAUGUCAGUGUGGGAGCAGAGGACCAACCAGCUGAGGAGACACAACAUAAGGACAAGCAGCGAGGCUUUGUUUAACGAGCUCGACCCGGAGGAGCGCCUCCAGAAGUCCUCCACCCUCCAUCUGCACCCAGACAUGAAGACUCACCUGGACCGGCCGCUCGUGGUGGAGGCCAAGAACGGAGACAAACCCAGCAGGUCUCCCGAAAGAGCAUGGGAGGAAUCGGGGGAGCCCCGGCAGGACGGGGUGGGAGACAACUUGCACACGCACUCCAAGAAGCACCACCGGCACCGGGACAGGAACGGGGAGAGCAAGGAUGGAGGCGAAGGCCGGGGAGGGAGGCACCACACCCAUCACAGCCGGACCAGGGAUCACAACACCGACGGUGCCCAGAUUAGAGAGAGGAGAGGGGAGAGCAGCCACAGCCACGACGGAGGCCAGGGACACAGGCACCAACACCAGGCCGGCUCCCCCGAGGAGGAGGCCAAUGACUGUCGAGGAGGAGAGGAGAGGGGGCACCGCCACCAUCACUCCCAUCGCCCACCAAAAGAGGGAAACGGGCUGAUGGUGAAUGGUGCGCAGGGAGAGGGCAGGGGGAGGGGUGGAGGAGGAGGGGACAGUAAUGGAGAGAGGAAGGGACGCUGCUCUCGCAUGGUCAGAGCUCAGUCUACUCUGGAGAGAGACGACUGUAAGAGGAACAAGAAUGGAACCAAAGGUCACAGGGAGAGGCAGCCAGAUUCUGAGGACGACGGCCUCGCCUCCAGUCCUCUGCAGCCAAUGCGGAGUAGCCUGAGUCUUGGAGAAAAGCAAGAGGAUGCUGACAACCAGAAAAACUCCACCAGGGCCAGCCAGGCCGGCCUCAACAGCAACGCCAUCCACAUCCCUGUCACCAUCACUGCCCCUCCCGGAGAAACCACCAUCAUACCCAUAAACAAUAUUGACUGCGACAACUUCCGACUCGGUGAGGAGAAGAAGGACCUGGAGGAGGACGAGGAGGAGGAAGCUAAUGGGCCUCGGCAGAUCCUUCCCUACAGCUCCAUGUUCAUCUUCGGGCAAACAAACCCUGUGCGGCGGCUGUGUCACUACGUGGUCAACCUACGCUACUUUGAAAUGUGCAUCCUGAUGGUCAUUACCAUGAGCAGCAUCGCCCUGGCAGCCGAGGACCCCGUGCAAGCUAACGCACCGCGCAACAACGUUCUCAAGUAUCUGGACUAUGUCUUUACUGGGGUCUUCACUUUUGAGAUGGUGAUUAAGAUGAUUGACUUGGGACUGCUCCUCCAUCCUGGCUCUUAUUUCCGUGACCUGUGGAACAUUCUGGACUUCAUUGUGGUCAGCGGAGCCCUGGUGGCCUUUGCCUGCUCGAGCCUCAUGGGAUCGCAACAAAGCGUGGCCAGAGGGACGAAGGGCAAGGACAUCAACACCAUCAAGUCCCUGAGGGUCCUCCGAGUCCUGCGGCCACUCAAGACCAUUAAACGGCUUCCAAAGCUGAAGGCGGUGUUCGACUGUGUUGUGAACUCUCUGAAGAACGUUCUCAACAUCCUCAUCGUCUACAUGCUCUUCAUGUUCAUCUUCGCUGUUAUCGCUGUGCAGCUCUUCAAGGGCAAAUUCUUCUACUGCACCGACAAGUCCAAGGGUCUGGAGAAAGACUGCAGGGGUCAGUUUCUGGACUACGACAAGGAUGGCGUGUCAGCUCAGCCCAGAGAGUGGAAGAAGUACGAGUUCCACUACGACAAUGUUCUCUGGGCCUUCCUUACGCUCUUCACGGUGUCCACGGGGGAGGGCUGGCCACAGGUCCUGAAGCACUCGGUGGACGCCACUUAUGAGGACCAGGGCCCCAGCCCAGGCUACCGCAUGGAGACGUCCAUCUUCUACGUGGUCUACUUCGUGGUGUUCCCCUUCUUCUUCGUCAACAUCUUUGUGGCUUUGAUCAUCAUCACCUUCCAGGAGCAGGGAGACAAGGCCAUGUCGGAGUGUAGCCUGGAGAAGAAUGAGAGGGCUUGCAUUGACUUUGCCAUCAACGCCAAGCCGCUGACGAGAUACAUGCCGGCGAACAAGCAGUCCUUCCAGUACAAGAUGUGGAAGUUUGUGGUGUCGCCCCCGUUCGAGUACGCCAUCAUGACUUUAAUAGCUCUCAACACAGUCGUGCUGAUGAUGAAGUUCGACGGAGCUCCAGUCCUGUACGAGUCCAUGCUGAAAAACUUGAACAUCGUCUUCACAGCCCUCUUCACGCUGGAGUGCAUCCUUAAGAUUAUUGCCUUCGGUCCACUGAAUUACCUGAAAGCAGCCUGGAAUGUGUUUGACUUUGUGACCGUGCUCGGAAGCAUCACAGACAUCUUGGUCACGGAGAUUAAGUCCCUGGAUUCCCUGCGUGUUCUUGACAAGAUGAUCAACCUGAGUUUCCUGAGGCUGUUCAGAGCGGCUCGUCUCAUCAAGCUGCUGCGGCAGGGCUACACCAUCCGCAUCCUGCUGUGGACCUUUGUUCAGUCCUUCAAGGCCCUGCCGUAUGUCUGCCUGCUCAUCGCCAUGCUGUUCUUCAUCUAUGCCAUCAUUGGAAUGCAGGUGUUUGGAAACAUCGAGCUGAAUGAGGACACGGCAAUAACUCACCACAACAACUUCCAGACGUUUUUCCAGGCCUUGACUCUUCUCUUCAGGAGUGCGACAGGCGAGGCGUGGCAUGAGAUCAUGUUAGCGUGUCUCAGUAACCGGCCGUGUGAUAGUCUCUCAGGAACCGUGGGGAAGGAGUGUGGGAGUGACUUUGGCUACUUCUACUUUGUCUCCUUCAUCUUCCUCUGCUCCUUCCUGAUGUUGAACCUGUUUGUCGCUGUCAUUAUGGACAACUUUGAGUAUCUGACGAGAGACGCCUCCAUCCUGGGACCUCAUCACCUUGACGAAUUCAUCCGCGUGUGGGCGGAGUACGACCCUGCAGCCUGCGGGAGGAUAUGCUAUCAGGAUAUGUACAAAUUGUUGCGUUUUAUCUCGCCUCCCCUGGGCCUGGGGAAGAAGUGCCCCAACAGGGUUGCUUAUAAGCGAUUGGUGAGGAUGAACAUGCCCAUUGCGGAAGACAGGACGGUGCAUUUCACGUCCACGCUGAUGGCCUUGAUUCGCACAGCCCUGGAGAUCAAACUGGCAUCUGGCGUCCUGGCGCAGCAUUUGUGCGACGCCGACCUGAAGAGGGAGAUACACCGAGUCUGGCCCAGCCUGUCGCAGAAGACUGUGGACCUGCUGGUGACGCCGCCUAAAUACAACGAGCUGACCGUGGGGAAAGUCUACGCAGCUCUAAUGAUCUUCGACUACUAUAAGCAGACUUGUGCCAAGAGACUACAGCAGCAGCAUACAGGGGGACACCAGAGUAAACUGGGGGCGUUGUUCCGUCCUAUGCUGCCCCUCCCUCACAUACAGGAAGUAGUGCCACCGAUCUGCAGCCCCAAACAGCCCCUCCCACCUCAGCCUGAGCCAGAAGCCAAGCCUGAAGCACUGCCCACUACCAGCAUCACCUCGGUUAACAGGGACACGAUACUAACCCAGAGCAGUGCCAUCAAACAUUCCCAGUCAGGAGAUGUCUCUCAGGCAGCACAGCAGAGGCCCAAAGUCCGGAGGAAACUACAGAGAGGCCAGUCCGAGGAUUUGCCGUAUUCCACCAGACCUCAGGAAUUUGUUGAACUGCAGCAGGUUGAAAACAUAUCGGACGCAGAUGACUAUCCGAGCCUGGAAGCCCACUGCAGAGCGGCCUCUCUGCCCCGACUCAACGCUGAGUACUACCGGAGCCACCCUCGCCACGUCCCUGGGACCCACCUGGCACCGAUCGUUGACCUCAGUCCCAUCAGGCGCUCGGCGUCCUCGCUGACGCCGCAGCGCUACCAGGAGGUCGGUCUGUCAGAGUAUGACCUGGACCGGCCCGGCUUGGCCCAAGUCGACGGCCAGGACAGAGCCCACCACCAUCACCACCACCACCGCUGCCAUAGACGGAGGGACAAGGACAAAGACAAGAAGCAGAAGUCCCUGGAUAGAGCUGAGUCAAUGCAGCCGUCCAGCACUGUUGACUCGUUCACCGACCCUUCAGCUGAAGGUCUGUCCAGAGAGCGGGCGAGAGAGCGGGACCGCAGCCGGCCUCACGAGAGGAGGCACCACUCCUCGGCAGGAGAGAAGCAGCGCUACUACUCCUGCGAGCGUUACGGCAGCAGGGAGCAGUGUCACACCAAGUCAGCCGGGCCCAGCCGAUCCACGUCUCCCGGAGAGGGACAGGACGCUGUUUUUGUCAAACAGCAUGGUAGCAGUGUGGUCAAAGCUGGCCCUGGAACGCUCCCCUCUGGUUCAAGCACACCAGGCCGCGGUCGCAGGCAGCUCCCACAGACGCCCCUAACCCCUCGUCCCGCCGUGACCUACAAGACCGCCAACUCCUCGCCUCUCCAGUCCGGUGCCAGCACCGCUGCGACGGGGCACCAGACUCGCUUCAGCCGUGGCCUUUCAGAGCAUGAGCGCUUACACUGGGGCACCGACGAGUCCCCGAUACCGGUCACCCGCAUCGGUUCGGACCCUAAUUUAAACCGACAGUCGCAGGUCGCCUCUCACCAGGCCCUCCUUGAAGAAGACUUCCAGGACACUGUGAGCAGCCACGGAGGGGCACGCUCCGCCAGAACCGCUGCCUCCACCACGGCCUCGACUUCACACGGAACCGCCGCUGCGCCCGUCACAGCGGCCGGCGCGCAGGGUAGGGGGGCGGGGGUGGUUCCCAACGGGUACCACUUCACCCUCGGGGUCAACUCUGCGUCCGUGCCUGGGAGCCGAGGAACGGGAAGUCUCAGGGAGAGGGAGGAAGAGGACUGGUGCUAACCGAGGACGGGCAGCUCGUCAGUGUGGCACAGCGCUCUCGUCGGGUCCAAGGCGCUGAUGGGAAUAGAAGGGAAGAUAUUAAGGGAAAAAGCCAGUGGAAAGUGCUGUAAAAGGGUAUCCGAAAUCAUUCCAGCUUUGUAGUGUUGCUCUACUUUUUUAUACAACAAACUUUUAAGGAAUAAAAAAUACACUGACUCUUUCUACCCCCUUUACUUGCACUGGAAAUCAUAGCACCUGUGAAGACCCUUAAGUAUUUUUGCCUUGGCCUUUAAAAUCAGUGAUGGAGCAGAAGAUAAAAGCCAAAACCUCGUCAUUCGUUGAGUGAAACUGUGUGCUUCAGACUGAUCUGAAAGCCUCAGUCCUGGCGUUAAUACGGCUACUCACAACACUGUUUUUAUUUUUGUACGUUUCAUUUUGUUUGUGGUUGCCGUACGGGUGAGAGAAGAGUUUCAACUUGAUCAUGUUGACGCUUUCACCAAAUUCUCUUUUCUUCAUCAGCUUUUACUUCGGGGGGUAAUCCCCCAAAUUCUGACCAGAGAACAUUAUUAGGAACUAUUUUAAAUGCGUCUUAAACUUCCACCAUGACAACUAAGGGACACGGUGAGUAAUGUGACAACAAUAAAUCAAAAGGAGGGGUUAGAAUGGAACUAGAGCCCAGUUUUCAUGAUCACAGUUUUUGUAAAUUGUACCACAUGUACAUAUUUGGAGUGCACAUAGGGACGCGAUAACUCACUUCUGACGUUAUGUGGCUGAAUACUAAGUGCCUCGUUUUCCAAGAUGUAUUAAGAUGCAGCCUGGUCAGAUGGACUUGAACACACAGUAGGGGAUGUAAGUAUUUACACAGAAAAAGUGUAGAGAACAAAGUUUGAAUCUGGUAUAAUGGACAGAAUGCAAAAAAAAAAAAAAAACUAACACUUUUUGUACUGAAUCUUGUUGUAGGUGUGUGAGAAUUACAGAUCCAAAGUAAGCAAUGUAGUGCAUGCCAGGGUCUUGAACUUGUCAAAAAAUAGUGUCUGUACUUUUGCUUAAGGGUGUGUGGUAAGCAUUUGCCUUUCUCUUUCAAAUAUACUGCCAGCCAGUUGGUAGAAAUAGUCUCUGAAUGCAGAAAAGUGCCAUUUUUUUUAUUUCUAACCUACAAAAAUUCUGCCUCCUCAAGCAUACAGUGUAUAUCUCAUCUCUGCCAUAUUUGCCCAAAUUUCAUGGGUUCCCUUUCUUCUUAACUGUUUCCUCUGAGAGCAGUAUUGUGUGAGGGUUUGUAGGAGAGGUUACCUGUUUGUGUGUCCACAGGUACAAUAAAGAGUUGUGUUGUUGCCGCAGACUGUUGACUUAAAAUAGGGCUAUGCAACAAGACGACACUUCAUCUGCCCUGUAGCUUUACCCUCUGGAAUCUCCAGGUUCAGGCUUUAGUGUGGCUGCGACCAAAUUUUACAUUGAUGUAUGAAGAGUUGUAAAUUGUAAAUGUAUCUCAUGAUGUACAGUUAACUGACAACACACACUGAGGCACAAAUGCUAUCCGAGCUGAUAUAUGUGAAUCACAGGGCAUUUUUGAAGUUGGCAAGUUGACUGCAUGACGCCUAAGAUAGAACCACCCAAAACAUAAAACUGUGUUCUUUCCAGACUUGGGUUAAGUUGUGUUUUUGGUGGUUUUCUUGGAAAGCCAGAUAAAUGGGAUUGACAAAGUG